AUGGCUGCCCGGCCGCCGCUUCCGCGCCGCCCGCCGCCGCCGCCCGCCCCCGGGACCCGGCGCGACACCGGCCGGCGGAAACGCGCCCGCGCGGCCCGCCCUCCAAGCCCGCCCCGGCCCGGGAGCCGGGACCCCGCCCCGACCUCCCCCCCCCCCCCCCGACCCCCGCCCGAGGCCCCCGCCCGAGCCCCCUCCCUGACCCCGACGCGACCCCCGAACCCCGCCCGGGACCCCGCCCCAACCCCCCCGCCCCCCGAACCCCGCCCGGGGCCCCCGCCCCGACCCCCCUCCCUGACCCCGACGCGACCCCCGAACCCCGCCCGGGACCCCGCCCCAACACCCCCGCACCCCUCCCGGGGCCCCCACCCGACCCCGGGCCCCUGCCCUGACCCGGACCCGACCCCCGAACCCCGCCCGGGACCCUGCCCUGACCCGACCCCCGAACCCAGACCCCAGACCCCAGACCCCCGACCCUCGUUCGAAGCCCCCGCCCCGGCCCCGGCCCUGAGCCCCGCCAUGACCCCGACCUUACCCCCGAUCCCCGCCCUGACCCCGACCCGACCCCCGAACCCCCACCCCGGAACCCCGGCCCCUGCCCUGACCCGGACCCGACCCCCGAACCCCGCCCGGGACCCUGCCCUGACCCGACCCCCGACCCCAGACCCCAGACCCCAGACCCCGACCCUCGUUCGAAGCCCCCGCCCCGGCCCCGAGCCCUGCCAUGACCCCGACCUUACCCCCGAUCCCCGCCAUGACCCCGACCCGACCCCCGAACCCCCACCCCGGAACCCCGCCUUGACCCCGACCCGACCCCAGACCCCAGACCUCCGACCCUCGCUAGGGGGACCCCACCCCAACCCCCGACCCCCGCCGAGGCACCCCCGCCCUGACCCCGACCCGACCCCCAACCCCCGCCCUGACCCGGACCUGACCCCCGACCCCCCCGGGGCCCCCGCCCUGACCCCGCCCCGACCCCGGGCCCCCUCCCUGACCCCGACCCGACCCCGGGCCCCCUCCCUGACCCCGACCCGACCCCCGAUUCCGGACCCCCGCCCGGGGCCCCCACCCCGGGCCCCCGCCGCGCAUCCCCCGCCUGGGGCCCCCACCCACGAACCCCGAAUCCCGCCCGGGGCCCCGGCCAGAGGCCCUGACCCCGGACCCCCACAUCGACCCCAGACCCCCGCCCACGGACCCUGCCCGACCCUGGACCCCCGUCCGAACACCCCCCCGGCACCCCGCCCCGGGGACCCCGCCAUGACCCCGGAACCCCGCCUGGGGACCUGCCCACACCCCAGACCCCCGCCUGGGAACCCCUCCCUGACCCCAACCCAACCCUGGACCCCGGCCCGAGAGUCCUGCCUGACCAUGGACCCCUGCCCGGAACCAGAUCCGGACCCUGGACCCCUGCCCGGACUCCGCCCCAAUCCUGGACCCCUCCCCAGACUCUUGCCCCCCUUCCGAGACUCCUCCCUCACCCGGACCACACCCUGGAUCCCCGCCCGGUGCCUCCCCGCCUCCGCCUCCGGACCCCCUCCCCAAACACCCUGCCUGACGCUGCCCGGACCCUGGACCCCUUCCCCGGAAACUCCACCGCUACCCCGACCCCUCCCUUGA